ACAAAUUAAUAUACACCUUGGCCUUUCCUAUUUAUACACAUUGUUCCUCUAUACCCAUUAUUCACAUUAAUUCAACCAUGGCUACCCAUAUUUCUCUCUCUCUCUCUUUCUUCUACAUCACAACCCUUCAAAUUAUUUCCACGUUGGCUCAGUCAGAUAACUACAUCAUCCACAUGGACAUAUCAGCCAUGCCCAAAGCAUUCUCUACCCAACACGCUUGGUACCUCUCCGCUCUCUCUUCAGCACUAGACAAUUCCAAAGCCACCCCCGACAACCUCAACGUCAUUGCCACUUCUAGUUCUAAGCUCAUUUACACCUACACAAAUGUCAUGAACGGUUUCAGUGCCAACUUGUCACCGAAAGAACUCGAAGCUAUCAAAACCACCACGGGCUACGUUUCAUGCAUGCGAGACUCACCAGCCAAGCGUGACACAACGCACUGUCCACACUUCCUUGGCCUCAACGCGAACCAAGGGGCGUGGCGGGUGGCGGAGUUUGGAAAAGAUGUCAUCGUUGGUUUGGUGGACACAGGAGUUUGGCCAGAAAGUGAAAGCUUCAGAGACGAGGGAAUCACCGAGAUUCCUUCGCGGUGGAAAGGCCAAUGCGAAAGUAGCAUCAAAUGCAACAAGAAACUCAUUGGAGCGCGGUUCUUUAACAAAGGGUUGCUGGCAAAGCACCCCAACGUUACCACAUUGAACUCAACACGUGACACCGAGGGUCACGGGACUCACACGUCGACCACCGCAGCUGGGAGCGUGGUUGAGGGUGCAUCGUAUUUUGGUUAUGCGACAGGAUCAGCAAGAGGAAUAGCUUCAGGUGCGAGAGUGGCAAUGUACAAGGCUUUGUGGGAAGAAGGAGGUUACACGUCUGAUAUAAUAGCUGCAAUCGAUAGUGCAAUAUCAGAUGGUGUGGAUGUUCUUUCCUUGUCAUUUGGCCUCGACGGUUUAGCUUUGUACGAGGAUCCUGUUGCUAUAGCCACGUUUGCAGCCGUGGAGAGAGGGAUUUUUGUGUCCACGUCAGCAGGAAACGAAGGACCUUUCCUUGGAACUUUGCAUAACGGAAUACCAUGGGUCAUAACCGUGGCUGCUGGCACUAUGGACCGUGAAUUUCACGGGACUCUUAGACUCGACAAUGGAGUAGAAAUAGAUGGCAUGUCUCUCUACCACGGAAACUUCACUCCCAGCCACGUGCCAAUUGUUUUCAUGGGCUCGUGCGACAAAGUGAAGAAGCUUGUGAAAGUGAGGAGCAAGAUUGUGGUGUGUGAGGACAAGAAUGGAACGGUCUUUGAUCAAGUGUCCAAUGUGGAUAAGGCAAAUGUUGUGGCGGCAGUGUUCAUAUCAAACGACUCCGAUUCUUUUUUGUUGGAUAAUAGGUUUGCAUCUAUUAUUGUCACUCCUACAAACGGGGAAAUCGUCAAAGCUUACAUUAGUAAUAGUACUGCUAAUAGUGCAAAAGCAAGCAUGUCCUUUAAGAAGACGCUGUUGGGUGCUACCCCAGCACCGAGUGUGGAUAGUUACAGUUCUCGAGGUCCUUCAAGUAGUUGUCCAUUUGUGUUGAAACCGGACAUAACUGCUCCUGGCUCAUCAAUCCUAGCUGCAUGGCCUCAAAAUGUUCCUGCGGAAGUGUUCGGUUCCAUAAACGUUUUCAGCAACUUCAACUUACUAAGUGGCACAUCCAUGGCAUGCCCCCAUGUUGCUGGCAUAGCAGCACUGUUGAGAGGAGCACACCCUGGAUGGAGCGUUGCAGCCAUUAGGUCAGCCAUCAUGACAACAUCGGAUAUGUUGGACAACACCAUGGGACUCAUCAAAGACGUUGGUGAUGAUUACAAACCAGCCUCUCCUUUGGCCAUGGGAGCUGGUCAUGUCAACCCUAAUAGAGCCCUUGACCCUGGACUCAUCUACGACGCGGGAACACAAGAUUAUGUUAACCUCCUCUGCGCACUUGGCUACACCCAAAAGAACAUCACUGCCAUCACCAGAACCUCCUCCAAUGAUUGUUCCAAACCCUCUUUGGACCUCAACUACCCUUCUUUCAUUGCUUUCUUCCAAGGCAAUGGUUCGAGGGAAGCUCGGGAAUUUAAGAGAACGGUGACCAAUGUUGGGGAGGGGCAAACAAUCUAUGUUGCGAGCAUUACAUCUGUGAGAGGGUACCACGUUAGCGUCUUCCCUAACAAGUUGGAGUUCAAGGAGAAGAAUGAGAAGCUAAGUUACAAGUUGAGAAUUGAAGGUCCAAGAAAUAGGAAAGAGAAGAGUGUGGCUUUUGGGUAUCUCAGUUGGACGGACGUGAAGCAUGUGGUUAGAAGCCCCAUUGUGGUCACCACCAUUAGAUUCGAAUUCUAGAUCAAUAUACUGUCAUAGAUAUGUGUUUUCCAUAUGAAUCAAGUGAAAAAUGUAUAUUAACUAAAGAAAUUUUCCAUGGAAAAUAAUAGUCAUUUCUCACUUGACAAACGUGGUUUUCUAUGAUUCCGCAAAUAACGUUGAUAUGCUCCAAUUUUUACUCGUA